AGCAUGUUCUUGUGCGUGAAAAGGUAAGCUACAUAUGAGCGACCGGGAUGCAACGACCCAGAACCCCCCCGUCUUUCUUCCACCUCUCCCGUCAUGUCUGGCUCAUACGUCCUCCUUCAGUUCGGAUCAAAUCUCUUCAGUCAUAGAUUUGAGGAUCUCGAGAGCAGACCAGCGUUCACGGUGAAAACGGUUGACCAACAAGUGAAUGUAAUUGUCCACAUCGCUCGCGAAGCGGCUUGGAGCCAGCAGCACCCAGAAAUUAUGGGUCCCAGCAAUUCUUACUUGUAUUUCGGCCCAUCCAGAGCACCAGGAUACCUUGUGUACGGUAAUGGGCCGGAGGUCACUAUGGCCAAUCAUCUACGCCACAAGAAAGAUGCCAGCACAUCGCGCUAUUUCACGGCGCAGAAUGGUAAGGAGCUGAAGUGGAAAGUUUUUCCUCAGAAGAUGGAGUGCAUAGACGGACGCUCUACGAUCGCUACGUGGGAGCUCAGCCAGCCGGAAGAUGUCUUCAGCGCUCGUCUGACCAUCAAGCAUUCCGGCCUUUCUAUGGUCACUGAAAUUUUAACUACUUUGUGUCUGAACCGCAUGGCUCUGGAUUUAGAGUGGAAGCUGUAACAGUUUUUCUUCCUCACCAUUCGUCUUCUAUGUGAUAUAAUACAUCCUCAUUUCCCGUCUUGGGACUCGCACCCACAUGCCACUUUGUUCUACUACUCUCACACCACAACAUACUUCACAAUACGUGUAUUCAACACACACUCCGUACUGCCGUUUAGCUUACACACACAUCAUCUCAUAUUCAUUAGCAUCUGCU